AUGCCUCAUAAUGCAGGAAAAGCCACCCCUCCACUUACCACAUCUCCAUUUGCAGUUCUUAACAAGAAUAAAUAUUCCAACACCCACGCCAAGCCCAAGGGUUCCGGGGACAACCGACCAACUGCACUUCGGAUUAUCAAGGAUGAGCCUAGGGAAGGCGAUCUUAACGACAAGAUGGUGUUCAUCACUGGUUGUUCCUCUGGUCUUGGAGUAGAGACUGUAAGAGCAAUGAAAGCCACGGGAGCCACACUGUUCGUGACAGCGAGGAAUCUCGAGAAAGCAUGGUUGGCAUUAGGCGACAUUCUUUAUGGAGGGCACAUUCACCUCCUCCAACUCGACCUUGAGUCGUUCGAGAGCAUCCGUGCCUGUGUUGCAGAUUUCAAGCCAAGAGCGAUCGAGAGACGCUUCGGCAUCAAUGAUCUCCAUGCCUGGAGCGCUCGUCCAGGCGGUAUUCGGGCAGGGCUUCAAAGACCUAGUCUGUCAGACUACACCACGGUUUUUAUAUCGGGUAUCAUGGUCACCUUUAAUAUCAUGAUGAGCACCGAGCAGGGUACAUCCACGUCUAUUUGGGCUGCUGUAAGCAGAGAUUUAGAAGGUCAGGGAGGGAAGUACCUGGAACGGAACCAGAUCAGUGAACCAGUAAAAAAGGAGUUUAAACCUAUUGAUCCUGGACACGCCGAAUGGGCAUAUUAUGAGGAUAAGGCAAAAAGACUCUAUGACGAGUCUCUAAAACUUGGUUUAGUGAACGGGGUGUCAUUUAUGAGUAAUAUGUUAUAUCAACAAAGGCUCAAAAGAGCCAAUCACAUCCAGCCUAAAGAGCACUUAGGUAUCACCUGGGUAAUUGCCUCUCAUUGUCUGUCGUGUGGAUUCUUCCUUUACUAUGUGUGUCUGCAUCUUCAUAUACUUUCCCCUUGCACUGCUGAGAUCACACAACAACCAAGUGACAAACUUCAGGAUGGAGUAUACCACAAUGCAGUCCGCCAGAAACCACAGUAUCAAUCACCUGUCAAACAUCUGUCUUCCUACAACUGGAUCGAAGCACCUCAGCCCACGAUCGCCGUCCCAGGUAGCCCUGAACUAUGGUUUCCUUCCAGCGCUCCACAACAAGUACCAAAGGAUUCUGGUCUUAUAUAUUCAGCUCAGAAUACUGCUCGUCAUCCUGACAGUCCACUUAAGUCGCUGUUCCGAUCUCUGCACAUUACUCAUCCCUCCUUUGACAUUCGUUCGGUUGAUCUCGUGACCGAUCGAAGGAACAUUCGCAAACUUUUAUCAUACAUCAAUCCCAACCUUGGCAGAAACGGGCGCGAAUCGCUCACUAUCAAUGUUGAGAUAAUAAGGAGCGCUGCAGUUUUCUGUCGUUCAGAGACUGAGCCGUCGCCAUCCAUUGGAGCCCAUGAAUUCAUUGGGUUUCGCCAUGAGUUUGAGAAGGCGUACACUAGUAAUCAGAAUCUCUCAUACAAAUUGAGCAACUUGCAACUCGUCAUCCGGUACGAAACAAACGGCUACAUUGACGAUGCCCUAACAAGGCGUACGGGGGUGAACAACGACAACCUCGCGGCUUCCGUGAAGGACAUGCUUCUUGCCCCAACUCCUCCUCCUGCUGCUGCUCACGCCGCCGCUGGAUCCAAGUUAAUGAUCAAGAAAGAAGCGAAAGAAGCGAAAGAAGUGCCAAUCGAGUCCUAUCGAAAUCAAAACACACGUGAUGUGGAAGCCUAUCGACAUACAAAGGAUUCUCCCGCAACUAUGGAUAUCUCAAACUCCCAAACUUGGUUGUUUGAGGUACCAAAAUUCGAGAUUGUCGCACUUGAAAUUCAGAGCUGGGAAAAGAACCAUCGAGCCGAUCUGAACAAGUUGGUCGCGUCGAUCAAGAGUAUCAUCCAAGCUGUAAUGGAGAAUGGUGGGAAAGUAGAUGUCAUAUAUGAUGACCAGCACGGAGACGAAUUGGUGAUUUGA